AUGAAUCCGGAUGGAAUUAACAUUUCAUGCGCUUCAUGGACCGUUUCAAACAAAGACAUGACGCCUACCAACAUCAAGAGCAGACAGAGAGCGCUGUUCAGUUGUGACCGCUGCAAGAAGCGGAAGCGGGCUUGUAAAAGAUACAAUGAAAACGGUGAAAGAGUGUUUGACAAUCAUACGCCGUGUGAGCAAUGCAAAGCUUCACAUGUAGUGUGUGAGACAAAAAUUAUUCGGAAGAAGAGGACCUUUUUUUCUGUUAGUGAAAGUUCCUUGCUGCAGCUGAAAUCGUUAACAAAAAUAGUCAAGGCCAUGUUUCCAGAGUGUGAUCCCGAUAAUUUCGAAGAUUUGAAAAGAAUAGGGAAGUUAUUGUACGUGGAUUUGCCUGAAACAGAUUCGGAAAUAAGUCAUGAUUUUAAAGAAGAUGCUAUAUCUGAGAACGAAGAAAUUCCAAGCACCGGUAUUGAUUCAACAUCAACUAACAUUGAAGAGUCAUCCGAGGAAGUUGAUUCUUCUCUGAUUAGUGCAAGAACUUAUAACAAUAUUAUCAAGAUAGCUGAACAUCUCAAAGAGCUCAUUAAAUCUUCUAACGUGAAUGGAUUAUGUUGCAGCAAUGAGGGCACAAAUCCCGAACUACAGGAGAGGUUACUUGGCUUAGCUGGCGCUGAAAGAUUGUUCACUUCACUACUUGAAAUUGAUAGGAAAAGAUCCUCUAGUUGGUUCCCUUCCGUGGAAUUCAACAAUUCCUUGACCUCAGUGAGAAGCCAAAGAAGGUCUGACACCUUUAAACCUUGCUAUGAGAUUAAUGGUGUCAAAAUUCAGGAAUUUCUGAUACUUGAUUUAAUUCCAAGAGACGAGAUGAUCAAAUAUUUCCAUUGUUUUUUUACCAGAGUCCACCCUAAUUACUUAAUAUUGAGAGAAAAGGUUUUCAAUUCUAAGAUGGAGGUUUUUUUUAAAAUAUUAGACGCAGGGAAAGAUAAAUAUGCCGAGAAUAUGAAAAACUAUGAUUUUACGAAUGAAGACAUUUGUAUCCUUUAUCUUGUCUUAAUUUUAGGUAGAGCAAGUUACCUUUUUGAAUUACAGUUUGAUGAAACCUACAAAGAUCCCAUCCAACCAUCGAUCAAUGAAAAGUUUACUCUAAAUAAUUUGGUUUCUAGGGAGGUGAUCCAGAAUUAUGUUAAUGUGACAAAUCUAUGCAUUUCGACCUUCUAUUUUUCCAACAGUAUCGCUAGUGUUAAGUUAUUAUAUUUAUCAUCACUAUAUCAUGCAUCACUGAAGAAUAGAAACGCGGUGUGGCAAUUGAUCGGGGAUAGCUGCAUGAAAUGUUACACCUUAGGUUUCCAUCGUGAAAAAGUUGUUCGGCAGUUUGAUCAACGUGAGCAGGAUGACAUUAAAAUAGCAUUUUGGGCGUGUUUCAGGUUUCAUAUAAUUGAUUGUGUCAUUUCUGGUAGACUACCAAGUGUUUCUUUGUACGAAGCCGAUGUGAAGAUGCCUGAUUUGAAAGAUAUUGAUGACGAGUUGUUUAAAGAGUCUUACAGGGCAAGUAAUAAUUUGGUCAUGUUGAUGUUUGAGAUCUUGAAAAACAGGGAACACUUAAUUAAAACAAGAAAUCCAUGGAGUGAAUCCAAUUUUGUUCAAGUGCUAAAAAUAAAAAACAAAUUAAUAGAAUUAUAUGAAGGAUUAAGUGACGAUAUGAAAAAUUAUGAUAGACCAGACCCUAAUAGGUACCAAAUAAAAAUGAUUUUACAGCUUCACCACUCAAUGAUUGCAUUAACGGUACCUUAUUUAAUUGCGUAUGCCUUGAAGCCAAAAAAAUCAAUUGAGAACAAUCCAGAAGUUUUGAAAACCUUAUCUCAUGGAAUAAAAACAGCAACAAAAAUUAUUCCAAUCAUUAAAUUUUCUUCAGAACAACGAAAAUUUAACAGGCUAUUAUUCUAUGAUAUAUUUUAUGCAUAUCAUACUUUACUAAUGUUAUUAUUAUGCCUUACAUUGAUAAAACCAAAAUUAUCAAACCAGGAAAAUGAAUAUCAACCAUUUGCAAAUGUUCUCUCGAGGGAGUAUGGCAUUGAUCAAAACGUUAUAUUGAAUGCAAUUGAUGAUAUUAGGGUGUUGAAUGAAAAUUAUGUUAGUCCCGAUGAUACAAGUGUAAUGAAGGAUGCAAGUACAAAUAUAACGUUCUUACUUAAACAUUUUAGGUUAGACAACCGAAGCUGCAAAUCACCUACAUUGUCAAUUUCUCAAGGCUUAGUUUCAAACUGCUGUAGUAUAUCGAAUCCUUUAACCCCAGGACUCAGCGAAACUAUUCCAAAUAUAUCAAACUUGAAUAAUCAAGACAACAUGGACUUCAAUUUCACGCCGCCAAUUAUGAAUGAAAUGUACAGCAAUUCCGAUGCUGGGUUUUUUAACAUUGUAGACCAAAUGAAAAUGGAUACAGAUACCUUGAAACCGAUCGAAACCAACGAGCAUUUCUUUUGGCAAUGGAAUAAUGUAUUCCAAGAUGAAAAUAAUACUGACUCUAAUCGUACACCAAGCACAGAUAGAUUACCUUGA